CGAAAGCGGAUUAUUUGCGUAGUUUGAACAUGAAAAUUCCAUCGACUAUUUCACGAGUUUAGUUUACGGGAAUUGUGCAACAAUCUACCUGAAGAUGGCUGAGCUUGUUCUUUACGAUAUCACCCAUAGCAAAACCAUUGCUGUGCCGGAAGAUGAUCAAAACUUUGGACGUCAUCUUUUCUUUGAGUGCGACGAUAAACACGUUUCGCGUCACCACGGGCUUAUCAAAUAUGUUAAGGAGGGAGAGAUAAGAACGAUUUUCAUCAAAGCACUACACCCAACCAAUCACUUAUAUUACCGCCGCAACAUUUCCGCCUCACUCCUCGAGCUGGCAAAAGACGAAAGCGUUUCGUUGAAAGUGGGCGACCAGUUCGGGCUUCUAGAAAAGUUCUUCUGGUACGAGGUGAAAGCAAAGGAAGAUGGAAUGAAUGAGGAAAACACACAAACUGCGGAACCAGUCCGGAUGAACAACAACGAUGCAACUACGCGAACUUCGACAACCAAACGCAAGCCCGAUGAACUUCUUGGUAGCUCUGAAGAAGCAGGGAGCAGCAAACGGAAUCGGGCGAACAGUGAGGAUCAAUUGCCUUGUUCCUCAACGUCGUCAGAUGUAACAGAACCCGUGGCUGCCAACGAAAGUCUCCCACAAAGUAUAAAAACUGAACCAGCUUCGCCCACGUCAACGGUAUCUGUAAAGCCUGAUCCCGAUGCCGCGGUUGAUACUAAAGAUGGUAUCCUCAAACCAACUCCUGCACUACCGGAUACCACACUGCGGCCAUCGUGUGAUUAUGGUAUACGUUGCUAUCGUGGUGGCAGGGAUCAUCGUGAUCAGUAUGCACAUCCGGGUGAUCGUGACUAUCGCAGACCAUACUUUCCGCCGGCACCGCCGGAUGCACCAUUCUGUCCCUAUGGUCCCAGGUGUUACAGAAGAAACCCGCAGCAUUUUGUCGACUUUCAACACCUCCAUCCGAGUAUCAACACUCCGGGAACUGCACAAGAUCCGGCAGCUACUAAUCGACAGCGUACUGCUGCAAGGUAUUUCGGGGUUGGAGGCAGCCCAUUGUCUGAUGAGGAAGAAGAGGAAGAAGACGACGAAUCAAUGUUCGAUUUCGGUGGCUCCUCGUCGGACGAGUACAUGCCAGGAUCGACCCACGAUGAUGACGAAUGGGAAUCCAACAGUAACGACAGCCUGGUUGAAGAGUGAAAUAAAUUGCAGGCGAUUGUUUGAAAGUACAAAUAACACUAAUGAAUGCAAAACUUGGGCCAUAGUUAAUAAAUUGUUGUGCGGAUCUUUCGAUGCUCUCAAGGUAACGAAUCUCUAUUUGAUCGCCCUAAGUCAUCGCAUUUUUCUGUUUUCUUUUUAGUUAAUUUCUUUUUAGUAUAAUUUAAAGCACAACCCAUUUUUUUAUUAUUUACAUUUAUUUUGGUUUUUUACAUCACACGGUUUUAUACAGUAGAAACAACGGACAGACACUCAAUUUGAGCAGUUUCGAGGUCAAUAACGUAUGCGAAAAUUUGGCAGAUAUCCGCCCGCAGGACCGCACCACUUGCCUUAUAGACUCUUUCUGUUCGUGGGCAGGGUGUGGUUAACAGAUUGAACAGCACACCCCGUACACUGAUUAGUAGAGUGUUAUCUCGAUAUUUCGAUAAUGAUAUCUCGAUAAUGGUUUGUGUCCCUGGGCGAUGGCCUUUUACC